CAUUAGACCUGACCUGGCAUCACGCUGCUGACUACGUCAUCCACCAGCGACAGGUGCUUCUGUGCGACAUUUGUUUACAGUACACGAUGGCGUCGGUGGAUUUGAGAGACAACAACCUCCUGGGGAUAUCGUGGGUUGAUAGUGGCUGGGUACCCAUCCUCAACCCUGGCAAUGUGCUGGACUAUUUCUCCGAGAGGAGUAAUCCGUUCUACGACCGCACCUGUAACAACGAGGUGGUGAAGAUGCAGCGGCUCACUCUGGAACAUCUCAAUCAGAUGGUUGGAGUGGAGUACAUUCUCCUUCAUGCCCAGGAGCCCAUCCUCUACAUCAUCAGGAAACAGCAGAGACAGUCUCCUACUCAGGUCAUCCCUUUGUCUGACUACUACAUCAUAGCUGGGGUGGUGUAUCAGGCUCCUGAUCUGGGAACAGUUAUUGGAUCCAGAGUGCUGUCCGCUGUGCAUGGUGUCCAGUCUGCCUUCGAUGAGGCCAUGUCGUACUGUCGCUAUCACCCAUCUAAAGGAUACUGGUGGCACUUCAAAGACCAGGAGGAGAGAGAUGCCAAGGCCAAGCCGAAGUCGAAGAAGAAAGAGGAGCCCAGUUCCCUGUUCCAGAGGCAGCGUGUCGACACACUUCUACUCGAUUUGAGGUCCAAGUUUCCUCCAACGUUUUAUCAGCCUAAGCCUGGUGAGAAGCCCAUCCCAGUUGAGGUGAAGCAGGAACCCCCAGUAGAGCUGGUGAAGCAGGAAGAAAGAGAGCCAGCCACCAAGACCUCUGCUCCAGCUCCCCCCAGCAGCAAACCACCUCCGGAGAAACGAGCCAGGCUACAGUGAUGACCGAUGGCCACUCCUGUAUAUAUUUCUGAUAAUGUUCAUUCUUCAAAGAAAAUAAUAAGAGGGGGGGGGUGGGGGAACGCACAUUGCUCUUGCCAGUAUCACUUUUUGUUAAAAAAGGCCAUGAAGGCCAAGAGGCCUUCAUGACGAAGGCCUCUUGGCCUUCGUCAUGAUGUCCAUUCUCACAUUGGCAAGGCACACAGACAGGACAUACGGCACAGGUACAACCCUAUCUGACUGAACAAUGCGAAGGAAGUGGUUUGUGUCUGAUGGAAGGUGUGUGGAAAUGGACCUACAUCCUAGUUUCCAGACCAUAACAACCCAUCAUCCUGUUUCUGAAGGGCUUGACAGUCAAUUAUCAUGGAAUGGCAUUAGGCAUUAGGAAUGGCAAAUGAAUAGUCACAAAUGGCACCCUAUUCCCUAUAUAGUGCACUACUUUUGACCAGGGCCCUAUUCCCUAUAUAGUGCACUACU